UCCUUAAUGCAGGAGUUGAAGAACAGAAAAGUUGUGAGGAGGAGACUGCAGCUGAACUUGGGAAUAAUGUUAAAUGUGAUGAUGUCUUCCUGGGGUUAAAGGAAUAGGAUGAUGUAAUUGAGUGAAUUCUGCAGCCAUGGAAGAAAUAGAUGUGCAGCACGUCACUUGUGGCACUGCUAUAAAGGUGGGUACUUGAACAAUGCACACACCUAUCUACAGUGCAGUGUGGAAGAAGUUUCUCAGCUACCAUUCUACUGCUGAAAGCAGCCUGGCUUUACAAGAAACCAACCUGCCUGCAAGUGCACUAUAUCCUCUGCCAUCAUGAUGCUGCUUAUAGCUGCCCUCUGUCUACUAGUGCUGGGCACAGGAGUCCAUCCUGCGCCCUGUGAGACUGUCAGAAUCCCCAUGUGUAAAGAGAUGCCAUGGAAUAUUACCAGGAUGCCCAACCACCUCCACCAUAGCACCCAGGAGAAUGCUAUACUGGCUAUUGAACAGUACCAGGAGCUGGUGGACAUCAACUGCAGUCCUGUACUUAGCUUCUUCCUUUGUGCCAUGUAUGCACCUAUCUGCACCCUGGAGUUCCUUCAUGAUCCUAUUAAACCAUGCAAGUCGGUGUGCCAAAGAGCCAAGGAUGGAUGCGAACCCAUUAUGAAAAGAUACAAUCACAGCUGGCCAGAGAACCUGGCAUGUGAUGACCUGCCAGUGUAUGAUCGUGGGGUGUGCAUUGCUCCUGAAGCCAUAGUCACUGACAUCCCAGAAGAUAUAAAGUGGACGGAGUUUACACAAGAUGUCAUAAUCCCAGAAAGACCAAGACUGAAUCAUUGCAAAAGUUUAAACAUGGAUCGCUGCAAAUGUAAAACAAUCAAACCAAGUCUCAAUAUGUACUUGGCAAAAAAUUACAGCUAUGUAAUCCAUGCAAAAGUAAAAAGUGUCACUAGAAGCAAUUGUAAUGAAAUAACUACAGUGGUGGAGGUGAAAGAUACAUUGAAAUCUUCAACAUCUAUUCCUCGAUCCCAAGUUCCUCUUAUUACAAACUCAUCUUGUCGGUGUCCAGAGUUACUUCCUAACCAGGAUGUACUUAUCAUGUGCUACCAGUGGCGUUCAAGGAUGAUGCUUCUUGAUGGCUGUUUAGUUGAAAAGUGGAAAGACCAAUUAAACAAGAGAUUCAAGAGAUGGGAGCAAACCUUACAAGAACACCAAGUGAAAACGGCACAGGAAAAAACUAAGAAUGUGGGACGAACUGGUCGUAGUGGAAACCCAAAGACAAGCCCAAAGAAACCAAACCCUCCUCCUGGGACCUUCAAAAAGAAUGUUAAAACCAAGAAGAAUCAGGGAGAUAAGCGAGCAUAAGUUGCUCUAUGUUUCAACAAAAGAACAUUUGUAUUUGCAUGAUGAUAGUCACUAGCUGGCUACAGUGACAGAACAUAUUAUUCCUAAACUCAUUCACCAGGAAACACUUUUGCAGGAUCUUGCAAUGACUUUUUAUUUGCUGCACUUUAAUUACCAGUGUUUGCUUUAUAUACUUUGACCACUACAAUCCAUACGUUUAGGGUUUGUAUUGAAGAUGUUCGUAUUAAGAAUUAUUGGUGCAACUGUAGGGGCAAACCCUUUGCACCAUAUUUAUGAAUAAAGCAUUCAUUAAUCUACGUUUACUUU